GUCUUUGAAUUGAACUCGGUUGAAUCGGACGCCUUUCACGACGCUAGUGGCGAGAGAUUGUGAAUUGUUUCACCAGAGUGUAUAGAGUGUUUAUUUUCCACCAAACAUACUGCGGUUGAGCUGAAUUUCGAUUAGAACCGCUGAACGCAACACAGCAAAACACGAUGGCCGUGAACGUGUACUCGACGAACGUCACGACAGAUAACCUGUCCCGCCACGACAUGCUGUCGUGGGUGAACGACUGCCUGCGAUCGCAGUUCACGAAGAUCGAGGAGCUGUGCACCGGGGCCGCCUACUGCCAGUACAUGGACAUGCUGUUUCCCGGUUCCGUGCCAAUGAAGCGUGUCAAAUUUCGCACCAACCUCGAUCACGAAUACAUCCAGAACUUUAAAAUCCUGCAGGCCGCCUUCAAGAAGAUGAACGUCGAUAAGAUCAUACCAAUCGAUAAGCUAAUUAAGGGUCGCUUCCAAGAUAACUUUGAAUUUUUGCAAUGGUUCAAAAAGUUCUUCGACGCAAACUAUGACGGUAGAGAGUACGAUGCUUUACUAGCUCGCGAUAACCUACCGAUGGGUAUGGGCUCCGGUGCUGGUGCACCGAAAGGCAACGGCGUGUCGGCCGUCGUUGCGCCGCGCAAAAUGCCCGUCGGCACCAACAUGGCUGCUCGUGCUGGAAUUAAACCGAUUUCCAAAGUUGCACCCAACCGGCCAUUGGUGCAGAGUCCCCCGAGUCGGUUUGGCGGAGGCGGCGUGAACGUGAAUACCAGCAAAUCGUCCUCGCAGAACAGCGUGACGAACCAGCAGAUCGAGGAGCUGACGUCACAGAUGACCGAAAUGCGGUUAAACUUCGAAGGGCUGGAGAAGGAGCGCGACUUUUACUUUAGCAAACUGCGAGAUAUCGAAAUUCUCUGCCAAGACGAUGAGCAAAGCCAGAGUCCGUUCGUGCAAAAGAUUCUCGAGAUUCUCUAUGCGACAGAGGACGGGUUUGCGCCUCCGGAUGAAAUACCGCCAGAGGAGGAGGAGUACUAAGCCGCAAGCCUCGAUGUUGUGUGCAUAAUCCUGCUGCUGACGCCGCUGCCGUUGUUGUCGCUGCUGUGCGGUAGGAGGAUGCUGAAGUCGAUCGCUUUCGCUUGAAGAGGAUAGUAGGGCGGCAGAGCCCUUUUGUGUCAAGUGAUCGUCCCAGAUUCGGUAGCACUAGGUGACGAAAAUGACGGGAAGAUGGAAGAGAGAGAGAGCUACAGCGAACGAAAGGACGUGGAGAAUGAGAGAGGUGGAGAGAGCAAGAAGGGAACCGUUUUUUUUUUUUUUUGAAGGAGUGUGGACAUCCCAAAGGAAAUAGUAAAAGAAACACAACAAACAAAAAAUCUAUGAAGAAAACGGAACCGCAUCAAUAAGCAAUGAGAAAGGUGAAGUUGGGAUUUUUUCUAUUAUCUCCAAGGGACACUUUUAUCACUAUAAAUUAUUAACUUCGCCCAACUUCCCUCGCAUUUGCGUGCGAUUGAGGAGGCAUAACAUGAAACAUACGCGUUUAAAAACCCAAUCCACUGAUGGUGGGACGGCUCUUUGCUUUAUAAUGAAAUAAAAAUCCUUAAAAGGCCACGGAUCAACAUGUGACCCGGGUGCAGUCGUCGAUCGACGGCUGUUGCAAAGUACACGAGCGAGUGUUUUCGGUACAGCACCCGCUUUUCCGGGCGCAUUGGCAUAUCCUCUUCUCUGUACUUUAUCUAUAGAAAAUGUGGCGCUACUUUGGAAACGAUUACUUUUCCCCUAAAAUUCCACGCGGCCCAAGAGGCAAAUGUGGAACAUUUAUAUUAUAUAUAUAUGUAUUAAAACAAAAAGACUCAGCAUAACGACACAGAACAAAUUUAUAACUCCUUGGGAACAUAUAUUGUGUAACGAACGAUGUUGUUGUAACCUCACUGAUCGCCUCUCCCUGUUAGGAAGAUCGGUACAUGUGACGGGCGCUUAGGCUUAUGAAGGCGAGAAAAGGGAGUAAACAGUUCAACGGAACAAUGGCAAGAAACAUGUUUUACGUAUUUUACUGAGGACCGAUGACGUGUUACGUAUUAGUGAGUUUCCUAUGCGAUACGAGGGAAAUUGCAGCGCUCAAACGGUAUGAAAUUCUUCCUUGACCGCUUCGAACCUGGUUCAUAUUUGUUCAAGUAAAUAUAUCGCAACGUCUCUCUUUCCGAUGUUUUGAAUAUGCUGAGUAAUCUAUCGGAAUGGGUAUGUUCCGAUUGGUUCACUUUUAUUGUUUACUCAUCUGCUUAUUUGGCCAUGACAAAUUACCACAUCGAUUGUUUAAUAUGCCCACUAACUCUUUUUCCAUUUUUUUAUCAUGCUAAUGUAAUACUAUCUCCAUGCAUAACUUUUUUUUACCCUUUCACCAUGGCAAGAAGAGAUUGGAAAAUGUGAGCUACAAGUGCACUAUCGAAACAAGAAACAGAUUACAUAUGAACGAACUGUGUAUUAAACAAAUCUAUUAAUAUUGCAUAGAUAUAUUUAGCUCAAAUGCUCCUGUUAUAGCUAGCAAACAGUGGCACAGUGAAGCAGUGCAACGAAGAAAAAGUGCAGCGGCAUGCGAAAAAUGACCACAUCGGACAAACUGAUCGAAUUAUGAUCGUUGAGUGCUGUGUGAUCCGAUGCAUUUUGAAGAAUGCCAUACGGGGUCGGCACGUACAGGUGGGAUGAUUUUUGCUAACUUGCGCUGAUUGCAAGACGGUGUUUUGAUUUUACCUUUUUUAUUUAUUCAUGUGCUAUAGUUGGAAAGUUUUUUGUUCUGAAUUUUUCUUUACGGUCGCCUCGGGUGUCACGUGUCGCAUACAGCGCCCAUAAAUAGUCACCUAAUUUCGAAGAGCUGUUCAGAAAGUAUGCAUUUAAAAUAAUGAAGCGAUCAUAGUAUAGCAGUUUUUCAUGUUUUGUACUCCUGUCUUUUUCUUUUUCAACGAAGCGACGCCACGUGUGUUGAGUUGUUCUGUACUAAAGAUUGUCCAUUUAUACAAAGAAAAUCGUCUUAUCGUAUUAUCGUGAACAUAAUUUCCUAUGCAAAUGAUGUAAAUCCUCGAAUCAUGUUAGCUAUAAAAGUCAUAACGUUUUCUUUCUAAAGUAUCUUCACUUUUGUUUUGUUCGAAUAUAGGAAAUGCUAAACAGAUAA